GUAUACAUUUAGAUCAAUUAGAAAUGGAUAUCAAUCAUUUGAAAGAAGCAUUUGCGAUUGAAAAAGGGUUGACUAAAUCCGGGAAAUUGUUAUUGAAAUCAAGUAAUGCUUCUCAGGUUUUAACUCCUCGGGUACUUGCUGAUAUUAUUAAUGCCGAAAGUGGUGGAGAAUUCGAUACUAAGACAGCUAUUCCUGGACAUGUUCAACAAGGUGGAUUGCCAUCUCCAAUUGAUAGGACUAGAGCUGAUAGGUUUGCCAUUAAGGCGGUGCAAUUUAUUGAAGAGAAUGCUGAUGUGAUUGGAUCAAUGAGAUAUGCUACUAGUUUUGAGAAUGAUGAUAAGAAGAUUAUUAAGACUGCUGCAGUGUUGGGAAUUAAGAGUUCACAUUUGAAGUUUACUUCGAUUAGACAAUUGUAUGAUUUUGAGACUGAAUUGGGAAGAAGAAUGCCAAAGAAAGUAUUUUGGUCAAAGACUAGAGAUGUUGCUGAUCAAUUAGUUGGUAGAACCAAGAAGGUGGAUUAA